CACAAAGCCGCUUCCUCCGGCCUGCUCCUCUUCUUCCCCGCUCGUCUCCGGUCUCCCCACCCACACCGCCACACGUGUCACGCCCAAGCCUAGAGCGGCCGGCGAUGUCCUCUGCAGGGGGCGGCGGCGUCCUUGGCGUCGGCGCAAGCAGCAGCCGCGGCGGCGGAACCGCACGAAAGGGCCCCGGCCACGACCGCCGCAUCACCGUCUUCUCCCCCGAGGGCCGCCUCUACCAACUCGAGUACGCGUUCAACGCCGUGAAGCUGGCGGGGAUCACCUCCGUGGCAGUGCGCGGGGUCGACUCCGUCACCGUCUUCACCCAGCAUGAUAAGGAUCCGAUAGACCCGUUGCUGGAUAGAACAGACCCCGUCUUCUCGCGCGUGUUCGCGAUCACGGAGCGGCUGGGUAUCGUCGCCACAGGGAUGGCAGCUGACGGAAGAGCAUUAGUUCACGAGGCAAGGAACCAAGCCGCAGAGUUCCGUUUCAAAUGGGGAUAUGAAAUCCCUCCUAGGGUGUUGGCUCAAUGGAUUGCAGACAGAGCACAAAUCCGCACCCAGCAUGCUGGCAUGAGACCUUAUGGAGUUGUUGCUAUGAUCUUCGGAAUUGAUGGAGAGAAAGGAACUCUCUUUACAUGUGAUCCUGCUGGGAUAUGCCUUGGUUGCAAGGCAGCAAGCGCAGGUCUCAAAGACAGUGAAGCUAUCAAGUAUCUCGAGGAAAAAAUGUCAGGCAAUCCUUCUCUAUCGUUUGAGGCAACCAGUGAGAUGGCAGCAUUCGCAUUGAGACACGUUCUGGGAGAUAUUAAUAGCCUUGACAUCGAGGUAAUGUUCGUUUUUCUCCCUAACACGUGCAUAUGCUGCUCUAUUUGCGCUCUGAACAUUACAAGUAAGGCGAAUGUUCCAGGUGGGAUCCGUCGAGAAGGAGGAACCAGUUUUAAGAGUUUUCCUGCCGGCUGCCGGGCAAGAGAAGCAUCGCGGAUAAACAGAAGUCACUUGUGUCUGUUGGAUGUGAGAUUCAAAUCUUGUAGUCGUCCAUUGUCCAUCAUAACCUCCUGGUACCUUGCUAGGUCCUCACAAGUGUGGCGAAUCACUCGAUCAUAUGGCUGAUAGGACUGCAGUUUCUCGUAUUCCGUAAUGUUUAGCAUGUCUUUCUUUUUCUUCUCUUUUUUGAGAUCACCGGAAUGUCUAGCGUUGGAUCUCAUUUCGAUCAUCAAACGGCCUAGGAACACCCUGUUCACCCGCCAUCCUUUAUGAAUCUUCUACAACUCGGUGAA